ACACAGGCUGCUGGAACAUCAGGUGCCGGUGGUGGUGGCGGCGGCGGAGGUGGUGGAGGCGGUGGAACUCGAAACACAACCAGUUCCGGCAACAUGUAUGCCACCCGCCAAGCUGUAGGCGCCUCAACGGGGGUACUUAUGGUCGGACCAAAUUUUCGUGUUGGUAAAAAAAUUGGCUGUGGUAAUUUCGGAGAACUGCGUUUAGGCAAAAAUCUGUACAACAAUGAACACGUAGCAAUAAAAAUGGAGCCUAUGAAGUCAAAGGCUCCGCAACUACAUUUAGAGUAUAGGUUUUAUAAACUAUUAGGAUCACAUGAUGAAUGUCCAGAGGGUAUACCGCGCGUGUAUUAUCUGGGCACAUGUGGUGGCCGUUAUAAUGCCAUGGUAUUAGAGUUAUUGGGACUGUCCUUAGAAGAUCUCUUCAAUAUUUGUUCCCGUAAAUUUUCUCUUAAGACUGUACUGAUGAUAGCUAAGCAACUUCUCCACCGGAUCGAAUAUGUUCAUAGUCGGCACUUAAUCUAUAGGGAUGUGAAACCAGAGAACUUCCUCAUAGGCAGAACAUCGACGAGGCGAGAAAAAAUUAUACACAUAAUUGAUUUCGGUUUGGCCAAAGAAUACAUUGAUUUAGAUACAAAUAGGCAUAUACCAUAUCGGGAGCAUAAAUCUCUCACCGGCACCGCACGCUAUAUGUCAAUAAAUACACACAUGGGCAGAGAGCAAUCAAGACGCGAUGAUUUAGAAGCAUUAGGACAUAUGUUCAUGUAUUUCUUAAGAGGUUCACUGCCGUGGCAAGGCCUUAAGGCUGAUACACUUAAAGAAAGAUAUCAAAAAAUUGGUGAUACAAAACGUGCAACACCCAUUGAGGUGCUUUGCGAUGGACACCCCGAAGAAUUCGCAACUUAUUUGCGUUAUGUGCGGCGAUUAGAUUUUUUUGAAACGCCCGAUUAUGAGUUUCUGCGAAGACUGUUUCAAGACUUAUUCGAUCGUAAGGGCUAUGUGGAUGAUGGAGAAUUCGACUGGACAGGGAAGACAAUGUCAACGCCCGUCGGAUCUCUGCAAACUGGCCAUGAAGUCAUCAUUUCACCAAAUAAAGAUCGUCAUAAUGUAACGGCUAAGGAUAUUUCAUAUUUUGAUUACGAGGAGGAUGAUGAUGAUGAUGAUGGUGAUGAGGAAUAUUUAAUACUUGAGACAAAUGCCAAAGGAGGUGUUGCUGCGUGGCCGGAUGUGCCAAAACCAGGCGCCACCCUGGGCAAUCUAACACCAGCCGAUCGGCAUGGUUCUGUGCAGGUUGUGAGUUCCACAAAUGGCGAACUGAAUGCGGACGAUCCCACAGCUGGUCACUCAAAUACUCCUAUAACGCAACAGCCCGAAGUGGAGCUUGUCGAUGAAACAAAUUCAUUCCUGUGUUGUCUUUGCAGAUGUUGUUGUUUCUUUAAACGAAAGAAGAAGAAAUCAUCACGUCAAAAAUGACUAGACGGUGUCCAAUGUAGUCCAGAACGCGAAGCGGUAACACUGCUGCGCGCCACUUCACAUUCAAAUUCACGGGAUAGCGUAUUGAAUAAUCCUAGUCAGGAUUAUAUACAGCAGGCAACGUCACAGCAUACGUUGCGGUAUCCUCCAUCCGCGUCGAUGUUGACGCCAACACCAACUACAAACACACCGACACUUCCGUUGUAAUUUAUAAAUACAUACAUGCAUACAUACAUACAUACUGCAUACCGCA